UGUGACAUUAAAAGCCGUUGCUUUGCAUGUGCUUGACGAACAGGCCAUGCAGGGCUGUAGCCCUGUUGGUGCCCGGAGAUUAGCCAGACACGGCGGCAGAGGUGGCCCACGGCUGCUGGAAAAUGGGAGCUGUUACUCCAGUGUGACCAGUGUUUCUGAGUGACCAUCUAAGAACCCUGUGGGAGGAAGGAAAAAACCAGCAUGGAUGGGCUCCUAGAACAGACCAGUGUGCUAAUGCACGGUAAAAUCGCUGAAGCUGGGAAAAAGAAUGGCUUAAUUAACACCAGGAACUUAAUGGCGGAGAACAGCGAUGGCCUGGUCUCCAUGUACCCAGCUCCACAGUACCAGAGCCACAGUGUGGGCAAUCUCGCUGCUCAAAGCAGGAAUGACCCGGUGCAGCAGCUGCUGGACCCCAAUACGCUCCAACAGACCGUGGAGUCCCACUACCGCCCCAACAUCAUCCUCUACUCGGAGAAUGUGCUGCGCUCCUGGGGGGAGAGCAUGAGCGCCGAGUGCUGUGAGACCACCUUCAUCGAGGACUGCUCCCCCACCAAGGACAGCCUGGAGUACCCCGAUAGCAAGUUCAUUGACCUCUCCGGUGACGACAUCAAGAUCCACACCCUCUCCUAUGACGUGGAGGAAGAUGAGGAUUUCCAGGAGCUGGAGAGCGACUACUCGAGUGACACAGAGAGUGAAGACAAUUUCCUCAUGAUGCCCCCAAGGGAUCAUCUCGGCCUCAGCGUAUUCUCCAUGCUCUGCUGCUUUUGGCCACUGGGGAUUGCUGCCUUUUAUUUGUCACACGAGACGAACAAAGCAGUGGCCAAGGGAGACUUCCACCAAGCAAGCUCCAGUUCCCGGCGAGCACUCUUCUUGGCCGUGCUGUCAAUCACGAUUGGAACUGGCAUCUAUGUGGGGGUUGCUGUGGCUCUGAUCGCCUACCUGUCCAAGAACAACCACUUGUGAGGCUCAGGAGAGAGGAAGAACCACCUGUGCAGUUCUCUGCAGUACAGAAAACCACAGCAGCUCGGACUGCAAUUUUUCAAGGCACCCAUGAGACACACGUGCUGGUGUUGGAUACUGGAAAGACAGGAAAGUGGGCUGAUGGUUUAUGAUGCACAAGUCCUGCAUCUUUUCAUCCUCCAACUCUUCUUUGUUUUACGCAAUACUGUGUUUACAAGAAUCUAGCUCCUACUGGUGAGCUAGAACUUUGCCCCUGCCCUUGGUUUGCCCCAACUUGCUCGUUAAUACGUUAGUCCACACUGCACUGAACUCUGCUGGAGCACACUCAGCCACUGGUUCUUAGAGGAGCGAGCCCUCAAACGGGAAGUUUUUCUUUGGACAGUAGGAUGCGUUUGCGGAAGGGUGAGAUUAAGGCCUCGGCAUAGAACGGUGUUGCCUAAUCUUCUUGCAUUCACUAGGCUGCCGUAACAGGAAAAAAGAGAAAAUGAUUUUCCUUUCCUGCUUUUGGUUCAUUUUAAAAUGAAACUAAUGGGGCGAGGCUGUGCAUAGCGACAGCUAAGCACGAACACACUCAGUGCAUGGAACAUGACGUUCGUCUAGCAUAGGCUCUGUUGUAAAAUUAAUCCUUCACGUCAGUCAUGCUGCGAGGGUGACGCUCCUGAGCCACGUAACGCAGUCAGGCAGCCUCCACCUCCCUGAGGGGCCUAUGCAGCAGCUAAAUACGAGCAGCCCUUGGAAAUGUGUCCUGGGCACCCAGGGGACUAACAAAGGAAGAGAACACUUUGUAGCCCACCCUUGAGCAGAUUCAGACAGAGAACAGCAAAGGAGGACACUCAAAUUCCUACAUCAUGGCACCCCAGCUCAUUCUUAGAAAUCACGCCCAGCCGCAGCCUGCAGAGAGAACAUGUGGCACUUUCUCACUGUGCUGUCCCGAUAGACAGCUGGACUGAUACGCUGUAAAGGAACUAAGUGUUCUCCUCACUUAUGAGCAAUAAGAUGCUCACUUGCUUUCUGACACCCCCCCACCUUUUCUUUUUCAAAUCUAGCAUUUCUUUCCAUAGAGCUGGUUUAUCGGAGAAAGAUAUGUAUAUAAUAAUGUUGGAACAUUGAUCAUUGCAAAUGGCUGUUUUAAUAUUCAUUCAUUGGGGUUCUGUCAGCACCAUUUAUUUAUUGAAGAAGGCCCCUGAGGAUCAUUUGUUCCAAUUCUGUAUUUCUUGUCUGGUUUCUCCCUUUGUUUUGGGAGGGAGGGGAGUGGGGGAGGAGUACAGCCCUAUUCAGAGCUAGUUUUUGGCUAGUUUUAUAGUUCAUUAAAACACGCAGCAUACAGCAGCUAUGGAAAGUGCUGGAGCUUUCUUUGGACAGCUGCAGCUGCCAGUGCCCUGUAAUGUAUAGGGGUAGCAGCCCAGGCUCUCUCAAGCCUGAGUUCAUGCAAUCAGGGAAGAAGAUCUGAUUCUGCACUGUAGAUGGUGAAGGCCAAGAUAAUGCUCCCACUGCACCAGGCCCGAGGCAUAAAGCAGUGUCUUUCUCUUCCUUUUUAUCCACUGUGAGAGCUGGACGAAAAACAAAAGUGAGAGUGCAAGAUAAGCGCACAGCCGUUUAGUCUAUAGCUUCAUUUCACCUGACCACAUGGAUUUUUCUAGUGUGCGGCAACACACACACACUAACGUGUAGGUGCAAAACCUUAACAGCACCACCACUGAGUGCUGUUAGGGACCGGGUUUGGCCCCUCUUGGCCAGGAAGGGUAGUUAACAAGGGCAAGAUCAGAGGAAGAGGGUCCGAAAGCUGAAGUGGGUACAAGUGAGACUUGGCUUACACAUGGCCAAGCUAACAGCGUGACAGUGACAAAUCACGGACUUGGGCUCUCCCCCAUUAGCAUUGUGCUGACACACAAUACAGGUAUAGCGUUUGAAAAGAGCAUUCAGCUGUGCUACAAACCCUUGUGGGCGAGUCCCUUUAAUACGGGUGUCCCCUGGGUGCUAUAUGAUCCAUGAGCCAGUGUUAGCCCAGCACAACCAUUAACGCUUCACAAAGCGCUAAUGCGGGAGGGGAUGCACGCACCCAGCUCAGAGCCCCAGCUCUGGCCCUACGUUCAGCUCAGUAUUCGUAGCAUUGGCUCAUCCUUAUUCGGGGCCCACUUGCACCGCCAGCUUGGAGCACCCCAACACUGGGGAUGUUCGGCUCGGGAUGGUGAUUUUUGACCCACCAGGUGAUGGGUUUUUCAGUUGUGUGGCUCCUUGGUUCCCCUGGGUAGACAAAAGGGGCAGUGCUGGGGUUUGGCUUUGGAGUCAGCCUUGGUGAUAAAGCCUGUUGCUGACAUUUUACACACAGGCAGUGAUGGGGCGGGGCAAGGCCCCCCCUUCCCCGCAAACUACAGCGAACCCGACCCAGGCAGCAGGAGGCUCAUACUAGUGGCAGAACACCCUUUCUGCGGGGGAGGGGGCUGCAGCCACUACACCCACAGGCUCCAGCACCCCACACACACACCCCCACCCAUGCCCAGCAGCUGCAGCUUUCUCAGCGCAAGCUGUGCUCCCAUGUCCUGGACAGCGAGUCCUUUGGGACCAAUGCCCCCUUGGGGGCUCCCGCCACCCCUGGGAGGGAUGGAGAGGCAGAGACGCUCCAGUGAUGGCCGCAAGGAGAGAGGACUGGAGAGGUGUGACCCUAGCGAUGACAUCAUCCCGGGGGGGGCUAUAGAGCGCGUCUCACCCACCCCGCCCCGCCCCCCCGGCACUGUGGGGAUAGGGAUGGGGGAGCAUUAUUCCAGCUAUUGGGGGGGUCAUCUCUAGGUUAUAGGGGAGACAAUAGGGGGCAGGAACUUGGGCUGGGGGGGGAUCAUCCUCAAGUUAGGGUGGGGGAAAGGGACUGGUGGGGAGGCAUCACGCUUGGCUAAGAGGGAACAGUGUUGGAGGGAACAUUCCCAUCCCUGAAUGGGGCAGGGACUGGUGGGGUGUCAGCUCCCCCCCACAAUGGAGGCACAGAGAUUCUCUCCCAGCAGCAGGACAGGAGGAGGUGGAAGAGUUGGGGGUGGUGGUCUGGGAGGAGAGCUCUCAG